CCCAAAACCCUUAUUUUUGUUCCACUACGUCUCGAUCUGCUACCUCAAUCUCUCAACCGCUGUGCUCCUUCUCCCAACCGCUGCAGCCCAUCGUGCCGCCACCGUCCCCUGCUGCGCCGCUCUCCCUCCCACGCUCUAUCCCACUCUCCACACUCCAUCGACCUGCCGUCGAAGCUCCGAUCUGUUCUCGUCCCUCUCUCGUUUCCCUGUCCUUCCCUCCCACUCUUCAUCGACCUGUCCCUCUCUCCCACCAGCGAAGAAUUCUGAGACGGAGCGAGCUGCAAAGGAAGCUUCAUGGAGAAAGGAGGAUGCCGCAAUUGCGGCUGAGCAAGCGGCAGUGGAACGCAUGUUGACGGAGAAGUGAGAGAAGAACGAAACAGAAAUCGCCGCCCUCUUCCAGCAGCUGCUGAAGGGUUCAUCAAGGGAGGAAGAAGGAUUACUUUUUUGUUCUGCCCCAAAUAGUUGAUUUAGGCUUCGACAGGGCAAAGCCUCCACGGAAACCACCGAAUUCAUUUCUGUGCAAGUCGUUGUUCUUUGUUAGUCGUUCUUCGUCGCUAGGGUUCUCCGUCACGCUCUCUCUGCCGUGUCGUUACCAUCCUUCAUCGAUUGUUGAGUCAUUUUAGUUCGUGUCUAUAAAUAUAACUAAGCUUCAGCAAUUCAGAAAUGGAACAGAUGAAGGAGAGAUUUGUUAAAUUGCUAUUGGGGGAGGAUAUGUCUAGUGGAGGAAAGGGUGUUUCAUCAUCUCUGGCACUGUCAAAUGCAUUCCCAAACCUUGCUGUUGCUGUUUUUUGUGAACAAAAGUGCCUAGAGCUGAUGCUUCCCGAGAGGAAAGCCAGAUGGAGAAAGGAAAUCGAUUGGCUUCUAUCAGUGACAGAUUAUGUUGUUGAGAUGGUUCAUACUCAACAAAAAUCAAAAGAUGGAUCCAGCAUGGAGAUUAAGACUACGCGACAACAAACGGAUCUCCAUAUGAAUAUCCCUGCCUUAAGAAAGCUUGACAACAUGCUUAUUGAUUGUCUAGAUAACUUCAGAGACCAGAAUGAGUUCUACUAUGUAUCAAAAGAUGCAGAUAAAGAUAGUUCAAAGAGAAAAAAUGAUGACAAGUGGUGGUUACCUACACCUAAGGUUCUUGUAGAGGGUUUAUCUGAUGCGGUGAGAAGGUUUCUGCAGUAUCAAAAAGAUUUUAUGAAUCAAGUACUUAAAGCAGCGAUGGCCAUAAAUGCACAAACUCUAUUGGAGAUGGAGAUCCCUGAAAGCUAUAUUGACCCCCUACCCAAAAACUCUGUUUAUAUACAGCAGAGUUGUGUGUUGCCAAGCAGUGUUUAGUUUCUACAAACUACAUAUUUGUCUUCUGUUGUUCUAGCACCUGCCUUCUUCAAACUCUCAUGAAGGUGUUUCCCUUUCUCUUCUAAUCAAAUAUUCUUAUUUAUUUAGAAUGCUAAAUGUGAUUUGUUCUAACGUCCCUCACUCCCUUUCCUGCUUGCCUGGGCUUGUACUCAUUUGUUUGAGUCUCAAAGGCCUCACGACUUGUUUUUUAUUUUCCUUGAUUCAGAGUAAAAAUUGAACAACAAAAUAAUUGAAAUGAAUGGAGCGGAGGUGCCGAAGCUACGAGCCAAUAUCAAGAAGCUGCAACUGCAGAAUUGUACAUGAUGAAUUGGGUGUGAUGAUAUUGAUAGUGGUUGUGUUUGUGGUUAAUUUUCCAGGAGCUUAACUUGGGGAGGAAAAGGAUAAAAUCACUUCAGCAUGAACUUUUGUGGAGGAAAGGGAAGGAUUUGAGUGUCCAAAUGAGGGAGCUGUUGUGAAAUGUGAUUUCUCAUUACACCUUGAAUGAUGAUUUUUCAUUUGUUAAUGGAGAUAGUGUACAACUUCUGAUUUUUUUUCAACCUCAUUUUUAUCUUUGCAAUGAAACUAGUUGGGAAGGUUAGCUAGUGGUUCCUCCUAACUCCACUGUAAUUAUGAGCUUGAGCUAGUGCCAUUUGAGAAGGAUAUGGAAAAUGGAGGAUGCUAUAGAUGGUGGUGCACCUUUGGAUUAUGCUUCAAAACAUGUUAGCUCUGAAACAGUGUCGAGUUAGAGUUGGCUUCAUAUGAGGUUUUCUGUAGUAGUGUACCUUAGAUACAUGAAAAUUGUAGUGCUUUUGUAGUAGAAAGACAUUGUUUGCAGAACUGUUGCCCUGACAAAUUACUCACGUGUCUCUGUUUUUUAUUUUUUUUUGCCUUUACAUUGUAAACUCUAGUCAUUUUAAUCUGUAAGUACAAGGUAAUCUUUGUGAUA